CAUAAAAGUUGCAACUCUUUUUCUUUGUAGACUUAAAAAAACAUAUAUUGAACGAACAAUGACUCUUGGCCAAAAAGUACCCAUUUGGCUCGAUUGUGAUCCUGGUAAUGAUGAUGCAUUUGCAAUCUUGUUGGGAGCAUGUCAUCCACAAUUUCAUAUGGUUGGAAUCUCCACAGUGUAUGGGAAUGCUCCAUUGUCCAGCACAACUCAUAAUACCUUGGGAUUAUUAGAUAUUCUUGGAUUCAAGCAAGAUGAAAUAAAGGUAUACUCUGGUGCUAGUGAACCAUUAGAAAUCCCACCAAGAUUUGCCCUUAAUAUACAUGGAACUACUGGGAUUCAAGGCGUUUUGUUGCCAAAGAAUCCACGUGUAUCCGAAUCCAAUGAUCAAACAUAUCUUGAAGCUAUGAGGGAAGCUGUUUUGAAAUAUAAAGGUGAAUUAAAUAUAGUUUGUACUGGUACAUUAACUAAUAUGUCCAAUUUUAUCACUGAAUAUCCUGAACUUCGAUCUAAGAUUAAACUUGUAUCCAUUAUGGGUGGCGGGUUAAAUAUCGGAAAUGUAACUCCAUAUGCCGAGUUCAAUGUUAGAUCUGAUCCAAAGGCAUCCAAUAUUGUAUUAAAUGAUGAAAUCUUGAAGAGUAAAACUAUCUUGGUACCACUUAAUAUCACUCAUAAGGCAAUUGUAACUGAAUCCAUUCGAAAUGAGAUUUAUAAUGAAGUGAAUAAUUCUCAUAUAAGACAAGUAUUUUUUGAUAUUACCAAUGAAUUUGCUAAAGUUUAUAAACUUGUCCAAGACUUUAACGAUGGACCACCAGUACAUGACCCAUUGUCAAUGUUUGUAUUAUUGGCGAUGUUGAACCGCCAACAGAAUGAAGACGAUUUUAAUCUUGAAUUUUUAAGAGGAACUAUCAGUGUGGUUCAAACCGGUAUUAGAGAAGGUGAGACAAUCUUCUCAGAUGAUGAUUCAAAUGGUUUGUACAUCGCUACCGACAUUAAUAUUGGUUCAUUUUGGAAAUAUACAUUAGAAGCACUUGAUUGUGUUGAUUUGAAACUCAUGAAGAAUUAA